GGAGACUUCUCCGCUUCCUCGCCCGCUCCGUCCCCUCGCCACGGCGCUCGCUCGGGCCGGCCGGGGAAGGGGCGGCCGAGAGAGGACCGCGGCGGCCGCAGGAAAGUUUCCCGACGCCUCCGCUCCCCCGAGAGGCCCCAGUCCAGCCGCGAUGAAGAGCUUCUCACACUGAAAGGAGCAGAGGUCGCACCGGUUAAAAAUGCCUUUGAGGGACAAGUACUGUCAAACCGACCACCAUCAUCACGGAUGCUGCGAGCCAGUUUAUGUCCUGGAGCCUGGAGAUCCUCCUCUGUUACAGCAGCCACUACAGACAUCCAAAUCUGGUAUUCAGCAAAUAAUUGAAUGCUUUCGAUCAGGAACCAAACAACUUAAACAUAUUUUAUUAAAAGAUGUGGACACGAUUUUUGAAUGUAAAUUAUGCCGUAGUCUCUUUAGAGGAUUACCAAAUUUAAUUACCCAUAAGAAAUUUUACUGCCCACCAAGUCUCCAAAUGGAUGACAAUCUUCCUGAUGUAAAUGAUAAACAAAGCCAAGCCAUAAGUGAUCUCCUAGAAGCCAUCUACCCAAGAGUAGACAAGAGAGAAUAUAUCAUCAAGCUAGAACCCAUAGAAACCAACCAGAAUGCAGUGUUUCAGUAUAUUUCAAGGACUGACAAUCCUGCUGAAGUCACAGAGUCAAGCAGCACCCCUGAACAGACUGAAGUUGAGAUACAGGAGACAGGCCCUGAGCAGCCCAAAGCAGUCCCCGAUCCAGACCCACAGGUGGUGGAGGCCGUGGAGCCCCUGCCCGCAGAGACUGCCUCGGAGGAAGCUGCGCCUCCUGCUGAGGAGCAGCCUCAGGAAGCGCAGGCUGACGUGGAGACCUCUGACAGUUCCGACCUUGGUCACCAGCUGAUUUGUUGUCUUUGUAGAAAAGAAUUCAAUUCUAGACGAGGUGUUCGCCGACACAUUCGAAAAGUACACAAGAAGAAGAUGGAGGAGCUAAAGAAAUACAUCGAGACACGGAAGGCGCCCAACCAGCCUUCAAAAGGACGUAGCAAGAGUGUUCUGGUUUCACUGAGUAGGAGUUGUCCCGUUUGUUGUAAAUCAUUUGCUACAAAAGCGAAUGUAAGGAGGCAUUUUGAUGAAGUUCAUAGAGGACUGAGGAGGGACUCAAUUACUCCUGAUAUAGCGACAAAGCCUGGGCAGCCUUUGUUCCUGGAUUCCGCGUCCCCUAAAAAAUCUUUUAAGACUCGAAAACAAAAGUCUUCAAAGGCUGAAUACAAUUUAACUGCAUGCAAAUGCCUCCUUUGCAAGAGGAAAUAUAGUUCACAAAUAAUGCUUAAGAGACAUAUGCAAAUUGUCCACAAGAUAACUCUCUCUGGAGCAAACUCUAAAAGAGAGAAAGGCCCUAACAAUAAUACUGCCAACAGUUCAGAAGCAAAAGUUACAGUCGAACCAGCAGACUCUGUAGAAUCUUCACCCCCUUCCAUCACCCAUUCUCCACAGAAUGAACUGAAGGGAACAAAUCAUUCAAAUGAAAAGAAGAACACACCAGCAACACAGAAAAAUAAAGUUAAACAGGACUCUGAAAGCCCUAAGUCAGCUAGUCCUUCGCCCGCAGGGGGCCAGCAAAAGACCAGGAAACCAAAACUUUCCGCUGGCUUUGACUUUAAGCAACUUUACUGUAAACUCUGUAAACGGCAGUUUACUUCCAAGCAGAACUUGACUAAACACAUUGAGUUACACACAGAUGGAAAUAACAUUUAUGUUAAAUUCUACAAGUGUCCCCUCUGCACUUACGAAACUCGGCGGAAACGUGAUGUGAUUCGGCACAUAACUGUGGUCCAUAAAAAGUCAUCCCGCUACCUGGGGAAGAUAACAGCCAGUUUAGAGAUCAGAGCGAUAAAAAAGCCCAUUGAUUUUGUUCUGAACAAAGUGGCAAAGAGAGGCCCUUCGAGGGAUGAAGCAAAACACAACGAUUCAAAACAGGACACCACUUCCAAUUCUCCUAGUAAAAAGUAUGAAGUAGCUGACGUCGGUAUUGAAGUGAAAGUCACAAAAAACUUUUCUCUUCACAGAUGCAAUAAAUGUGGAAAGGCAUUUGCCAAAAAGACUUACCUUGAACAUCAUAAGAAAACUCAUAAGGCAAAUGCUACCAGUUCACCUGAAGGAAACAAAACCAAAGGCCGAAGUACAAGAUCUAAGGCUCUUGUCUGCCUGGCGAAGCCGUCGCCCCGCAGCGCCGCCGCCGUCCUGCGUCCGCCCGCGGGCGCCGUCACCACGCGCCAGGCCGCCUCCAGCUGCCGCGCCAAGCUCCGCGGCGCCGCCAGGGAGCGCCAGCACUCGGCGCGCGCCCUCGGCAAGCCGGCCGCCCCGUGACGCCGCCGCGCGCCCCCAGCGCCUCCGCGCCCCGUCUCCGCGCGCCCCCGGCCGCCGCGCGCCCCGUCUCCGCGCGCCCCCGCGGCCCGCCCGGCCUCCCGGGAGGCCCGCCACUCACCGCUACGUGCCAGCCCGCAAAGCCCCGGCUUCUUUGCAAAGCUCACCGCACCGCACUCCCCUGCCGCGUGGCUCGUAAUGACUCCCUGUCCCUACUCAGGUUCUUGGAAGCCGACUUCGCUUUCUUCCCCCAAGUGCUCCUCCCGCGCCCCCCCGCGCCCCGCCUGCUGGGGGAUUCGAAGCCUCGUUGACCGUGGGGUGGUUAGCAAGCCCAGAGCUGCAUCACUCCGCGCGCCCGUAGUUCCUGUAACUUCAGCUCCAGGAGCCCUUCCUCCCUCUGCCAUCAGCCUUUGCCAUCCCGACGUUGUCGCCCGGUGACCGCAGGAACGCGCCUCUCGCCUCUGAGCCCCUCUAGUUUUCCCAGGGACUCUGGGGUUACACGGAGGUCGCGCUUUUCCUGGGCGAGUCCCGGCGGCCGGCCGUGAUGUGAUGGCCCGUUCGUGUGACGCGCACGGUCCCUCAGUGAACUGUUCUGGGGUGGGGACCCCAAACGCUUGGCUGGAGGCUGAAGUUCUUAGGCUGCUGGCCUGCCCGCCUUGGGAAGGCAGACCCGCGUGCAGGCUCUGCCUUUCCCUCUUGCUUUCUUUCGUCCCUCCACACGACUGCACAACUACCUAUGUCUCGGUGUCUGCUGCUAGGACCCCAACUGACACGCCAGACAUUCCAUUCCCCCAUCACCAUCGUCCCAUCUCAAACCUCCGUUCCGGACCUCAUCGCUCAUGGCCGAGCAGGCCAUGUCUCGGGUGUAUUUCCUUAGCUAGCCCGGAUUCCUGGUCCAUUACCACAAUCAUGCCCUGAAAUGCAAUUCUCCCAGCACUCCGGAACCUCAGUUUCCUCUAAGUUACUUUCCUAGCGGAAAAUCCAACCCUGGGAUUUUUGUCAAGUGAUCUCUGACUUGCACUGACCUGACUGGCACAGCUGACCCUUUCCUUUAAAAAAACCACAAUAACCUGUUCUCUGAACGCGUUGGAAAUCUCAAGUUGGUGUUUUUCCUAGGUCGCCUCAGUCCCCCGCUCCUAGACUCACUAGACACGGCGCCUGCAUCUCCUCGGAACGUCCCUUUUGUUUUUGUAUUUCCCGAGAAAUAAGCGUUACAGACCGACUUCCUCAUCUGCCCACUGCAGUGCGUGGAAACAGCUUCCGUUUUGUGACUGUCAAAGGAGCCUGAAGGCCAGCCUCUUCUCCUGAUCUUUUGAGUAAUUCUAGGUUCUCCUCCUCCUCUCUUCUGUACCAUCAUGUCCCUCCUCUUAAUUAACUGUCCAGUGGCAGCACAUGACGUCACCAGCCAGCCGGCCCUCUGGAGAGCAACCUGGGCUAUCUUCGCUGCUUUUGUGGCUAGUUCCUCACAAGGCGGAGGACCAUCUUAACGGACCGGUUUCGCUACUCAAAUGUCCCGAUUUGUUUUUCCGAGAAAGGGUCUCUCUUCCUGGCUUGGCUGGCCUGGACCGCACUGUGUCUGAAGAUCAGGUCCCCUCUGAAUCCGCAGCGGUCUCCCCGCUCCUGCCUGCAAAGCCCUGGAGUUACAGGUGUGCGCCAUCGGGCCUGACUCCCUCCAAAUUCAGUGCUGGCGCUUAGUCCUCACCAACACUUUCGUUUUCUUUUCUCACUUGGCCUUUGUCGAACUAGCCCCUGCGUGGCCCCUCAGCUGCCCACUCUUGACCUACUUCAGUACCUUUUUGAUAACCUCAUCCAUUAGAUGAAAUAAACUGGUGGUUAUGGAAUAAAAUCCUUACCGUGGCUCACAACGCCCCAUCUGCCCCUGUUCUGUUUCUCCCACACUCUCUGUGCUCUUCUUUCGCCGUUUACCACGUGUGGACCUGCAACACACCACGCAAGACCUUUCCUGUCCCUCGGAGGGUUUAAUGAGUCACCGGCCGUCUCAGGAGAACCCCAGCACUGGCCCCUGUAAGUUGCUGGUCAGGCAUCUAAGCUGCUUCCACGGCCGCCCCCUCUCCUCCAGGUCACGCCAAGCAGUCAUGGCCCCCAAUCAUUCCUUCGCCAGGCCUUCCCUCCUUCUCCUGUUUAUUUGCUUAUCCUCGUGUUUCCUCCACUAGAAUGUGUGGAGGAGGAAACCGUGCAUGUCUGGAGUCUCCCCUGCGCGCUCGGCCCGUAGCACGCUCGGCGCAUGUCAGGUGCGCCAGACACGUCCGAUGAAGGAGUAAAUAAGACAGAUGCUGAUUUUUUCCGUUGGGGGGAGUCAUUUUCUGUUGCCUUUGUAAAACCUGUUUAUACAUUAAAACCACUAACCACUUGCUUAUUCUGUUCGUUGCAGACACUCUGCCUCUACUCCAGUAUGUACCUGCUUAAUUUUUUGAUGUCUAUGAUGUACAGAAAUACUGUAUUUUCACGACAAUAAAUAUCUUUUAUGAAUCCUGCAUUUGGUGAUACGUUUAAAAAGAUCUUCUCCAUGUCAGUGUUACAUGCAUAUUUCUUCCCUUUUAUUUUAUUUUUUUUAGAUUUAAAUAUUUUCUCUAAACAGAAUUUAUUUUUGGUAUAGAUGUGAUUAGGGCCUAAAUAUUUAUUUAGUUGUUACAUCAUCACUUACUGAAAAUUCUCUUUUCUGCUGUUCUGAAUAUUUACAUUUAUCAAAUAUGAAAUUCUUAAGCCUAGAGUGGUUCUGGAUUCAUUGCUUGUUUGUUGCUCCUAUUUUAACUAUCGUCACAUCAUCAGUUGCUUUACUGUGUGUUUAUGAUGAAAUAAUAUUACUCGUAUUUAAAAAAUACUUCUGGUUUUUGGCUAUGAUUUUGCAUUUAUUCUCCUCAAUAAGCUUUAGUUCUGUUUUGGUAAAGUCCAAAAAGAAAGUCCACUGUUAUUUUGUUUAAGAUUGAGUAUGGGUUGUUGAGAGAUAGUUGUGAAGUUUGUACUAGGAAGCCUCCUGUUGAAGAGCUUGUCAUGUGUGAAGGUUUCUGAAGACAUCAUGUAUGUCCUUCAGGUGGUUUUUCUAAUGUGCUACAGACUCACUGGUUCUAUUUUUGCUGUUUUACAUUUUGUUGCUGUUUGACUGUGAUCAUCUUUCCAUUUUACAAGCCCUCAUGAAAGCUGUUCCUUGUAGGGUCAAUUGCUUUGUAUUUAAUAACUUCAGAACUUUCACUAAUCCUUAGUGAGUCUUUUCCACACAGCCAAUCAUUUUAAGCAUAACUAUUGAUAAUUUUGUGUUUUCUUUGCUGUGUUUAUACCUCAUUAAAUAAGUGAUGGUAAUAGCUUUGCUCUUAUUCCUGACUUUCUAGGAAUGUCGUCAGUAUUUGAUCAGAUUUUAAUGUUAACUGCUGGACUGAAAUACAGGCCUUCGGGCAAAGGAAGUGAUUUCCUGGUUCAAAUAUACCAAACUUUUUUUUGGAAGUUCUUGUUGAAUUAUGUUAAAUACCCUAGAGAUUAUCCUAUGAUUUUGUUUUGUGGUCUUAUCACAAUACAUUAUUAACGGAUUUCCUAAUAGUGUGCUAUUUCUGCCUAAGAUACAGUCUGUAAUCAUGGUGAACUUCCCCCCAUUUUAAGUAUGAUAAUGUUAAAUUCAACUCCUGCAUUUUAAUUGGGGUUAUUACAUUUAUAUUCAUGAAAGAGGUUAGAUUGCAAUCUUAUAUUUUUGUAUUCUUUCUUAGCUUCAGUAAGGGGGUUUCCCCGUUGUUUUUAUGGUAUAGAUUAGUACAUACUGUAGGAGCUGUCUCUUCCUUGAUGGCUUGGAGGAACCCUUCAUAACGCUGUUUAUAAGAGAAAAGAUAAUUCUCUAAAACAUUUGAAAACGUCCAUGGUUUUGCCCUGUACAGGCAACCAUACUUCUUGAAUAGCAACUUAAAAAUUAUAUUUUUAAAAGAAAGUCAUACAUUUUCAUAGAAUUUAAAAAUGUUAGAUUUCUGCAUAUAUUUAUCUUAUAAUUAAAAGUAUUUUCUGUAUCUGUGUUUGUAGUGUUUUCUUAUUUCUGAAGUUUUAUUCUUUAGUUGUAUAUUUUAUUUUAUUAGUGUUGCCAGUCUUUUUAAGGAAUCAACACUUAAAUAUUUUAUUAACUCUAGUUUUCUGUUUAUAUAAAUAUAAUUAUUUAUCUCUAAUUUCUUCUUUAUUUUUAGUUGUUUAGUUGUUUUGCAAAUGUUUCUUUGUAACGAUGACUUAGGUCAUUUUAAAAUUUCUUAUUUAAUAAUAGGACAUAGACUAUAAACUUGCCUCUGGGCACAGCUUUGUUAUGGAGCCUCUUACUGUUAUAGUAGCUGUCUCUACUUCAUUUUUAACUGGUGUAAUUUACAAUAAUGUUCUGAGUUUUUUCCCUGUUAAUCCUGCUUUCUUUAAUAAAAAGUAAGUUUAUCAACA